AUGCCUACAGGAGGAGUCGAGCAAGACUGCACGGAUCAGGGACACCAGCGGGCGACCAACCACGGCGGCGCUCCGCCCCCUUCGCUGCCGCCGCCGCCGUUCCCCACCGAGAUGCAUAAGCUUGAGCCCGCGGCGAGCCUUCCGGUCACGGCGCUGAGCCACUCGCCGCCGACCGGCAACGGAGGCUGCGACGAGCCAUUCCCCUCCACGGAGCUAGCCUUCGAGAAUAACCAAGAUCACCCCGUGGGUAGCCUCCCCGUCGACGUCCUCGCCGGAAUCCUGUCGCGGGUGCCCUACAAGUCGCUCUGCCGCUUCAAGUGCGUGUCCAGGCCGUGGCUGUCCCUCUGCUCCGACCGCGACAUCCGCAAGAGGUGCCCGCAGACACUGUCCGGCUUCUUCUACAACUACCGCGGACGCUUCAAGUUCCACAAUCUGUCCGGCAGAGGCCCCCCUUUGGUCGACCCUUCUCUCCCUUUCUGGCGCGGGACCUAUGACUGCUACACCGUCGAGCAGUGCUGCGGCAGCCUCCUCCUCUGCAAAUGCUUUGAAUCGCGGCACGAGGAAGAUGAGUACGACUACGUCGUGUGCAAUCCUAUGACUGGACAGUGGACUGUGUUGCCUCCUUUAGUGUGGCAGGGUCAAGAGGAUGGUGGCUUUGUGUACUUCGAACCGAUAAUGGAUAUCUUCCUGGGUUUCGACCCAGCCGUUCCGUCUCGCUUUGUGGUGUUUGUGCCCCUGACUGAUUGCUUCUGCGAGUUUGCAAAACUGGCGAUCUACUCGUCGGAUACCGGACGGUGGACUAAGGUGCAGACCGAGUGGGGUUAUAAAACCAUUCUGAUUGGUAAUUCCGAAUGCGUCUUCCUGAAUGGCACUAUGCAUUUGGCCACCCACUAUGGUUUGGUAGUCACCGUCGACUCAGAGGGCAAGGUCUGGAGGGAGAUUGAAAUGCCAGACGAGAGGGUUUCCAUUGGGCAGUCUCAGGGACGCUUGCAUGCGUGGCAGAUUGACAGGGAUGAUGAUGAUGAUAUCCAGCUCUAUAUUUGGGUUCUUGAGGAUUAUGUCGGUGGGGAGUGGACCCUGAAGCAUACUGUCGCUGUUUCGGAACUGUUCGGGAGGCAACGUGACGAGGAUGAUAUGUCAUAUACUGUGUUUGCAAUGCAUCCUGAUUGUAACUGUAUUUUCCUUACCGACGAGGUGGAGAUGGCAGUGUCAUAUGAUCUGGAUAAUCAGAAAGUGAAUGUUAGCUGCACUUUUGAAGAGUACGACGAUGUUCUACCUUAUAUUCCAUGUUUUGAGGAAUGGUCUUCACUGAAGGUCUCUACAGCUUCACAAGCUUAG